AAUUGUUGGAUGCUGCGAUUUCGACAACUAUUCAGAAUGGCCGACGAGACUAUCGCAAAGAAAAUCAAGACCUCUUCUCCCUUGAUUGGGACUCAUAGCGGCCAUUUUCAUGCCGACGAGGCCCUCGCGGUCUAUCUUCUCCGACAGCUCCCUACCUAUUCUGCAUCUCCCCUCAUCCGUACUAGAGAUCCGGCGCAGCUAGCAACCUGCCACACCGUCGUCGACGUGGGUGGAGAAUAUGAUCCCGCGAACAACCGUUAUGAUCACCACCAGCGUAGCUUUUCCACGACCUUCCCUAGCCAUACUACCAAAUUGUCCUCGGCGGGCUUAGUAUACAUGCAUUUCGGUCGAGCUAUCAUUGCUGAACACACGUCAUUGCCGGUGGAUCACCACGACGUCAACUUACUGUACGAAAAACUGUACACAGAUUUCAUCGAAGCUAUUGAUGCCAAUGACAAUGGCAUUUCAGCCUACGACCCCGCUGAAUUAUCUGCUGCUAAUCUCGAGAAGCGCUUCAAGGAUGGUGCCAUCACCAUCACAUCGGUGGUGGGCGACAUGAACAACCCUGAUCCGACCUGCCCGCCCGGGGAACCUCAGGAUGAGGACAGUCUCUUUGGUCGAGCAAGCACCUUUAUUGGAAACGUUUUCACUCGCAAACUGCACCACGCCAGUACAUCCUGGCUACCUGCACGCACUACUGUGGGAAAUUCCUACCGUUCCCGCCGUGACGUUCAUCCUUCUGGUCGUAUUAUUAUUCUCCCUCAGGGUGGUGUGCCAUGGAAAGAGCACUUGUAUAACUUCGAAAAGGAAGCGUCGGAAUUCGAUAAGACCAAGUCCGAAGAGGAGGUCUAUUACGUUCUAUACCCUGAGAGUGCUACUGAGGGAUCUAAAUGGCGCGUGCAGUGCGUGUCAGUGAAUGAAACUAGCUUUGUGUCCAGGAAACCUCUGCCAGAGACCUGGCGUGGAGUUCGUGAUGCAGAUCUCGACGGCGUUAUGGCUGUAGAAGCCGAGAAAACCGGCAAGCCCAAGAUUCCCGAGGGUGCAGUUUUCGUCCAUGCCAGCGGUUUCAUCGGCGGCCACAAGACCAAGGAAGGAGCAUUUGCCAUGGCGGUCCGUGGCUUGGAGCAAUAGUUUCCCUGUUGUUUCACCUUCUCUGAGUGCUAACGGUAGUACGGGAGAUGACUUAUAGCACGCUUCGAUCCAUCAUUAUACUACGAUGCAGUUGACAGGCUCUAUGACGGGUGAUUUCUAAAAGUCUAUCGGUUGGGUUAAGAAAUUAUAUAAUCUCAAUUAGACAGCGCGGAAAAAAGUGUGUGUGUGUGUGUGUGUGUGUGUGUGUGUGUGUGUGUGUGUGUGUAGAAUACCGCAAACCACUGUAAAUUUUAACACUGUCAGCACGUUCCUACUCGACAAAAAGUCAAUAUCUAUGGUUGGGUUACCUCAUCCGAAACAGCAACAUACACCACUAACAUUUGGCAUCUCACAUUUCCUGGUUUUUAGAUUCACCUUAGCUCCUGUCCUCCAAGUUGCCACUCAACUUUACUGAUCCCCCCAUUACCCAUAAGCCAGAGUGUCUUGAGUUCGGGGCCAGUCCAGGCAAAGUUUUGAAUGGUAUAGUUUGUCUGGAUAGUUAAAAGAAGUUGGCCAGAGGGGUCAAGUACAUCAACACCUCGUCCGACGCCUGCCACAAUGUAUCCGUUGGCUGCUACCUUCAAGCCGUCCGGGACGAAUCCAGAGGCUAUAUAGAUAGGUCGCUUGUUGUAAGCACUGGUACCAUCUUCGCUUACGUCAAAGGCAUAAACAGUCCUACGUUGACCAGGGAUGCCUGCGUCAGUAUCUUUGCUUUUUGACAGAACUGGCCA